AUGGCGGCCUUCGAUGGAACGUCCUGCCCAGAGGAACACUUGAUGGCCUAUAAAAAUUUGAUGCUGCUAUUCACCACCAACCCAGCAUUGUGGUGCAAAUUCUUCUCAACUACUCUCACAGGAGUAGCAUUGACAUGGUAUACCUCCCUUCCAAGCGGAAGUAUCCACAAAUUUGCCCAAUUAGAAGGCAAAUUUCUGGGUCACUUCGUAGCAUCCAAAAGGCAAGAGAAAUCAAACUUGCACUUGCUUAGCAUAACACAAUUGGAAGGGGAGCCCAUAUCGUCAUAUUUGAAAAAAUUCCAUGAAGCAGUGCUUGAAACAAACGCGGAGGCCAUGAAGCAGUGUCAAAACUACGUCACGGCCUCCGAGAUAUGUCAGGCACAUGACCCCAAAAAACGGAAGUCAGAAAAGAAAGAUCCAUUAUCCUCCAAUCAUUCCUCAAGAAAUAGAGAAGAACAUUCAUCAAGGAAAGACCGAAAUUACAUGCCGCGUCGUCUUGAACUUCCUUCGGAGAUGGAACCUCCACGAUCCAGACACGUCUAUGUCACAGAAGGAGAAGUCAGGACGCGAAAUUUGCUCGACGGAGGCAACGACCCAAUGUUCAACCUCAACAGAAGAGACAUAUUCUUCGCUAUUCGGGGCGAGUUGCCAACUCUGCCUCCUACCACCACCCCAACCGAUCGUCGCAACUACAAUUUAUGGUGCGACUACCAUAAAGAACAUGGUCAUACCUUGGCUCAAUGUCGCGAACUCAAACGUAUCCUGCAUCAGUUAGCCGACGAGGGAAAGCUAUCAAGGUUCAUCAACCGGAAGGACUACGACGCAAGAGGAGAAGCGGAAAGGAGGCCUUGGAAUCAAAGACACAGAUCCCCCAAGAGAGACGAGGCCAGGCGCGAAAGUUCCAACACACAAGGGACUAUCAAUAUGAUUCUUGGAGGUUACACUGAAGAAUACCCUACCAUCCGCGCCACGAAAGACAGCGUCCAUACACUCCUAAAAGGACCUCCAAAAACCACAGCAAACGGGACAAUCAUGAAAUUUGAUACCACUACUUCCCAACCGCUGCAGCAGCCACACACUGAUCCUCUAGUGGUUACUCUCAAGAUCGGGCAAAUGAAAGUCAAGAGGGUACUGGUAAACACCGGAAGCACGGCUGAUCUUAUAACGAUGGAAUGCCUAAGAAAAAUGAAGUUUGAAGAAAAGCACUUACAACCCCUCGAUAAACCCUUGAUCGGGUUUGGGGGAAAUCAGUUGAAGAUCAGUUACUCGAGCUAUCGGGUUUGCAUCGAUUCAGUGUUGGUUGAAGUUCGAGUCGAGUGUCAAUCGGUCUCGGGUUGUCAUCGUUUACCCAUUUUCGAUUGUCAAUCAGUUCGGGUGCAAUUCGGUUGUAGUGAUGUUAGUUCAAUAAACCUCAAAAAGAAGCAAAUUUUCGGAUCGGAUAACUUUCGGUUUCGAUUCGGGUUUUCAGAAUUAGGUCCUAAUGUACGCCAUGAUAUAUUCACAGAAAUGUUAAGUAACCCAAAUUACGGUAAUGAGUACUUGGAUGAAAGAGAAGCUCUAGAUGCAGUGAUUAGAGAUGGUAAUCCAUCUCAAGAUUGGCUUAGAAUUGAUGAGAGUCGAUCCAGCGUUUAA